GUUUUAAAAUGAAAAGAGUGUGAGUGAAUGGUUACAGAAUUAAACGGGCUGUGUUUAAAAAAGCCAUUAUGUUUAUUAACUUGAAGAUUGCAAACCUGAUUAAGGACAGUUGAUGGUUUAUUAUUUUAACAGUGGGUAAACCUCAGGGGACUUGUGACUCUUGGCAUGCCAUUUAAUUCAGUAAUUAAGCAGCUGUGUAGUUUUCUAUUAACUAAGUUUCCAUAGUUUUACAGAACAAGGAAGUGAUUUGUGGAAGAAUUCUGCAGCAUAUUUCUCUCUGUUUCUCUGCACUGCCCUUUAAAAAAUAUCCUCACCCACCCACAGAAACAAAACCGUGCAAGAGGACAUGCAGAGAGCUGUCUUUGCCUAUCAGCAUCAGGCCCUUUAUUUAGUUUAUCUCUGUGGAUUAGUAUUAUUUGCUGCAUAGCGCACUACAUGUAUCUGAGCGGCCAAACCAAAGCACAUGUCCACACUAAUUGUAUGCUCAUAAAGUAGACUGAGGGCAGAUGUAUGCAGGCACAAUCCUCCAUUAGAUUUGUACACCAGUACAGACAGCAAAGAAAGAGAUGGGAAACGAUGUGUACGUGAAUGUUUUUGUUAGGACAAAGCUUAAAGGAAGAAAUAUUAAAUCAAACAAAUGUAUGUAUCUGUGCCUUUCAUCAUUGGAAAUGUAGUUUCCUAUCAGAGUUGUGAUGUCAUUUGUGACCCAUGCUGUGAUUGGACUGUUGUGUUUGGUUAACCUUGUGUCCUGAUUGCACUUCAGUAGAGGUUGGGUUGUACUAUAACUGUUCUCCGUCAUUCCAGUUAAUCAUCAAUAUUGAUGUGUGCAUCUGUGUUUUUUGGAACAAACACACCCUCGGGCAAUGUUUGAGUUUGUCUGGGUAGUUUACAGUAUGUGUUUGAGAUAGUAAGGGAAAUAUAGACUUCAGUAUUAUUAAAGACAGCAAGAUCAUAAAGAGUUCAUGUAUUUAAUCCCUCAUACGUUUUAGCUUUUAUAAAAAAUGCACCUGAGGUACAGAAAAUGACCUGUUUAUUAAACACUAUCUCCUCCUGGUGUAUGUGGCAGAGCAACGUUUAUUUCAAUUCAGCCCACAUUUCAUUGGCCCGGUGCUGGGUAUUACCAAAUAACAGGAUGUUCAAUGGGCAUUCACAGGGCCCAGGAAUGGAGGAGACGAUUUGGGAGCAGUACACUGUGACUCUACAAAGGGACGCUAAGAUGGGCUUUGGAAUUGCUGUGUCUGGGGGCCGAGACAAUCCUAACGUGGAAAACGGAGAAACGUCCAUCAUUGUGUCAGACGUUCUGCAAGGGGGACCAGCCGAUGGACUGCUCUUCGAGAAUGAUCGCGUUAUAUUGGUCAACUCCAUCCCCAUGGAUAAUGUGCCUCAUUCUUUUGCUGUGCAACAACUUCGAAAAUGUGGGAAAGUGGCCAAAAUAACUGUAAAGAGGGCUCGCAAGGUGCCUGUCCUCAAGCGUCCCCCGUCCCCAAGCGUGGAUAGCCGCGACUACAACAUAUCCAGCUACUAUCCUGAGGAUAACCGCAGCGUUCACAGUGACCCCGACUCCGAUUAUCUCCGGGGAAAUGGCGGCCUUAGCAUCCCCCGUGACCGGGAUCGUGACCGCAGCCUUGACAAGAGCCGGAAAGACUACUUGGAACCAGAUUACCGGAGUUACGACUCCCGGAGAGAGCGGAGCAGAGGCAGGAGCACGGAGAGAUCACCCAGCUCGGAUGGCGGCUACCGAAGGGACGGCAGCCGGGGCCGGACUCUGGAGCGUGGGUCCAGCCCGGAGCCUUCCUAUCAGAGGCAGCACAGCAGAGGGCGUGGAGGAGGAGGUAGCCCUGUCGGAAGUUACGGGAGGGACCAGGGAUACGACACGCGGAGGUAUGACUCUCGGCCGGAUGAGAGGAUGCUAAGAAGUCACAGUAGGGACCGGCUACAGGAUAACUCGCCCUCUCCCAGCAGAGAUAGAGUCAGGGGAGGAGACCGUCAUAACCUUGAGCCCCUAGAACCGCCAGUUAAUGUAAUGCUGGUGAAAAACAGGCCCAAUGAAGAGUACGGUCUUCGAUUGGGCAGCCAGAUCUUCAUCAAGGAGAUGACCAGCACGGGAUUGGCUGCCAGAGAUGGGAAUCUUCAGGAAGGUGACAUCAUUCUUAAGAUAAACGGAACGGUCACUGAGAAUCUCUCUCUAAGCGAUGCCGGCAAGCUGAUUGAAAAAUCACGAGGCAAACUGCAACUGGUGGUCCAACGAGACCAUAGGCAGGUCCUGGUGCGCAUUCCUGCUCUGGCGGACAGCGACUCGGAGCCUGACGAUAUCUCUGAGAUGGAGUCGUAUCAUUCCUACUCACCACAAGAUGACCAAAGGUCACGCCAGUCCGACCUCUCCUCACAUUCUUCUAAUGAUGUGGCACGAGAGAACGUCAGGGAGGAACAUCAAAGCCGAUUGGUCAAGAUACCUGUGACAUCAUCUCCUUACAAAACCCCAGAUCCACCCCCAGCUCAGGAGAGAGAAGAGCCACGUGAAGAAGAGCCACCCCCAGCAGUAAAGACAACCCCCAAAAUCCUGCUCAGACCCAGCCCGGAGGAUGAAGCUAUUUACGGGCCCAACACAGUGAUGGUAAGCUUCCAGAAAGGAGAGAGUGUGGGACUGAGACUGGCUGGAGGAAAUGAUGUUGGGAUAUUUAUAGCAGGAGUUCAGGAGGGCAGUCCAGCUGAAGAAGAAGGUCUCCGUGUGGGAGAUCAGAUCAUGAAGGUGAAUCACGUUGACUUUCGGGGCAUCGUGCGAGAGGAGGCUGUGCUCUUCCUGCUGGAGAUCCCGCGGGGGGAUGUCGUGACCAUUCUGGCACAGAAUAAAAUAGAAGUGUACGAAGACAUCUUGGUGUCUGGUCGAGGAGACUCGUUUUUCAUCCGGACACACUUCGAGUACGAGAAGGAGCUUCCUCAGUGUCUGGCUUUCUCCCGAGGUGAGAUCUUCAAGGUGGUGGACACCCUAUACGACGGCAAACUGGGAAACUGGCUGGCUAUCCGCAUGGGCAAAGACAAACAGCUGCUGGAGAAGGGCAUCAUUCCCAACAAGAGCAGGGCGGAGCAGAUGGCUAAUGUCCAGAACUCGCAUAAUAAAAGUUCAGGAAGUGACAGGGCAGACUUCUGGAGACUACGUGGUCAGAGGGCGGCGAAGAAGAAAGAUCUGCGGAAGAGCCGAGAGGAAAGUUCUGCAGCUGUCUCGACCCGAUUCCCUGCUUACGAGAGGGUGGUGCUUAGGGAAGCUGGAUUCCGGAGGCCGGUGGUGUUGUUUGGACCAAUCGCAGAUGCUGCCUGUGAAAAGUUGGCCACAGAGCUUCCAGAUGAGUUUGUAGUUGCCAAAACAGAACCCAAAGACGCAGGGUCAGAAAAAUCAUCCGGGGUGGUUCGUCUAAACACUAUUCGACAGAUCAUUGAACAGGACAAACACGCCCUGCUGGACGUCACCCCUAAGGCUGUGGACACCCUAAACUACACCCAGUGGUACCCCAUUGUCAUCCUGUUCAACCCUGAUAGCAAACCAGGGGUGAAGACGAUGAGACAGCGAAUUAUUCCCAGCUCGAACCGCAGUGCCCGUAAACUCUACGACCAGGCUCUGAAGCUCAGGAAAACCUGUUUGCACCUUUUUACUGCUGUUAUUGAUCUGAACUCGGCUAAUGAUGCCUGGUAUGGCAGUUUAAAGGAGACCAUACGAGAGCAGCAGACCCAAGCUGUAUGGGUCUCAGAGGGGAAGCUGGACGGGACGGAGGCGGAUCUUGAUCUUCACGACGACCGCAUGUCGUAUCUCUCGGCGAUGAGCGCCGACUAUCUAAGCAUGGACAGCCGGCUGGCCAGCGACUACGAUGACACGGCGGACGAGGGCGGGGCUUACACCGACAACGAACCGGACGAGCCGCUGGACCGCCAGCGGGUGUCGGCCAUCAGCCGCUCCUCUGAGCCAGUCAUGCCAGAGGAGAUCCUCAGGAAGUCCAGCCCAGAGAUUCGGGGUCGUAUCCGCAGGGUUAGCAGCAAAGAGAUGCUGAGCGAAGCCAGUCCCCCCAUAAUGUCCAGUUUCCUGCCUGACCCCGCAAGGGUAAAAAUGCUGUCUCAAGGUGAGGCGCCGCGUGUGCAAUACGACCCCUGUCGAAACUACGACUCUCGUUCGAGCAGUCCCGCAAGCAGCGAUCACCCCCGCAGCCAGGACUCUCCGGCAAAAACCAAACCUCCGCCUCCUCCCACUGCACUCAAACCGAUCUUGGCAUCCCGUGGCUCCAGAGGCGUCGCUAACAGCCCACCGGUGCAGGACCCCCAACCCAUGGAGCAGAGUCCCGAUGAUCCUUCAAAGAGAUCAUUCAUGGGCAAAGUGAAGGCCUUCGAGCAGAUGGAUCACAUCGCCCGCUCACAAAGAGUUAUGGAGCUCCAAGAGGCCCAAAAUGCACGAGUAGAAAUUGCUCAGAAACAUCCAGACAUCUAUGCUGUCCCUAUGAAAUCUCAGAAACUGGACCACAACAGACCACAACCUAUUGGCUCCAGUGCCCGACCAGAGCCCCAAACCCCUCCUAGCAAGCUGCCAUACAUAGAGAGCCGCCCGUUCGGCCCAGGUGAGGAGCCUGCGGAGGACAUCCGACGGCAGAUGACUGAGAAGACCAAGCGUGGUUAUUAUACCAACACACCACAGUAUCAGGACACCGAGCUGUAAAGUUUCACUGCUACGGCUCACCGCACAGCUUCACCAUUCCACUGGGGCACGCCCCCGCACCAAAACUGCUGCUGACUUGGAAGCCUUUUUGCUUUUAAGUUUACCACGCAUAUUUUUAUUUUUCACUUCAAAGAAGUUCAACUUUCUGUCCGUGUGGAUAGGAUUUUAUUUUGCCUCACCUUUUCUUUCUUUUACAUGCAUUAGUUGUGUUUAUUCUUUGUGAUCCAUGUUUUCUUGCCUAUGCAAACGUUUCACAAACUUGCCACGAGUUUUUCUUCAUCCCAUGAAAACCUUAAACCCGUCGUGUGCUACAGACCAGCUUUUUAACGUUCUUUUUCUAAGCCUAAUAAAGCAAAACGUCUCAGACUCUUUUAAAAAGAAAGUCACACUUUGAGGUUUAUACUGUCUUUGCAUUCCUUCAUUUAUGAUCAUGUGAUGUAUGUGUGUGUAUAUGAUGUAAGACGAUACACUGGAUUUUGUUACACUGUUUUGAAGUGCCUUUUACUUCAUGAAUAAUGUUGGAGGUUUGUGGACUUGACAAUCCAUCCCUCUGGACAAUAUUUUGCUGCUUACAGCUCCAAGGAGAAACAGGGAAAAAUUGACACCAAAACCCUUAAUACACCGUGCGUCGCUCACCCGUAACCUCAGCGUAGCAACAGCAAUGAAAGAUGAACCCUGUUUCCAAAGGGACACUUCACAAAUUCGGUUGAUAGGUUUGAGUUUUAACUGCUGUUGUUAUAUGAUUUGUCUUAUUUCAUACCCAUGCAUCAUGAUUUAACACGCUUGAUUGUACAUUUGUCUGCCGUACCUUCACGUAUUCGUUCAAAGUGCUUCUAAAACUCGUGGAUUAUAUUUUGAUGGCUUCCACUACUUGUUUGAGAAUAUAGCCUGGACGUUCCUGUUCAGGUCUGCUGUGGAUUUUCACUCUACUACACCAAAUAAAAUGAACUAUAUUGACAUUGUUAA